UAAGUUUCAUCUGUCUGCUUUUUUAUUUGUGAAACCAAAAAUAACACCAUCGUUAUUUUUUUCUCCGACCUUUUCUUUCCGGUUGGAUUUUGGUUCUAAUUCCUCUUAUGAUGUUUAGCUUCCAUCUUACUCGUUACAUCUGAAUUCAGCAGAAUGUGCCUGCACACGUCCAUCUAUUCCAAGGAAAACAAUAGAAAAUUCUUUAAUUUGAUUAAAAAUCUCUGUGUAAGUGAUUAGAAGGUUUUGUGGAGCGGUGAUACGUGGAUGAUAUGAAUGUUUCCUUCUGCAGUUUAACCUUAUCAAAAUUUGAGGAGGAAUCAUUCAUGAAAAAGGUUAUUAUAAAAACAUGCCCUCUGGUAAUUGUGUAAGACACGAAAGCUCUCAGACAAUCACUUGGACAACACACCCAUAUGGUGGUUGCUGAUCAGAAUAUUACUCAGGUCAUGAAAGAGUUCAACAGAUUUCGAAAUUUUUCACCUAUUUUUCGGGUGAUAUGAAUUUGCUAGGUUGCACUCAUUUUUGGUAAUGAAGAUUUGCUCGGAUGAUCUCUUCUUCCCUACUCUUCCGAGAUUCAAAGUGGUAUCCUCUUUUUGAAUGCAUCGAAGGUACGGAAGAUAAAAUCAUAGGAGAAGGUUGAGUGAGAUGGAGUUGGAUACAGUCCCACACAAAAGUUAAGAAUCUUGUCUUUGCUAUCUGCUGGAUACUGUUAGUUUAUUUCUUUAAAAAAUUUUCAUGUCAUGAAAGAGUACAACAAAUUUCGGAUUUCACCUGCAACAAGCCACUGCAACAUCUCUCAUUGUUCACCCACCUCUCUAUUUAUCUUUAUAGCAAGCUUCGUUUGACUUUGUUCCACAAAUUAAUAUAAAGAAAUGAACAUCUCUCUUUAUUUGUAUCUCAAUAGUGAGAAAUGUCCGUGAUUUGCACGGACACGAGCCAUAUAGUUAUUACUACUAUAUAGAAAAGCCAAGCAAGGGACGACCAAGGUUAUUUAAGUCAUUUCAUACUUAAGGGUAAUAUGGUAUUGCACAACCAUUUCAACAACGUUCCAGAAUAUGAAGAUAUUUCAACAUUGCUCAACACCAACAACCGCCCAGUUGUCUUUCAUUUCCACCACAAAUGCAAAAAGAUCAGGAAAAAAAAAAUCUAGAAGACAGCUUCACUUGAAUAAGUAAGACUAUCUUCUCAAAAGUUCAACUCUUGGUUCAAAACUCAUCAGUAAGCUCACAGGAAGUAUAUAUAUUGAAGGUUCUAGAAGUAAUUGGAAUGUGAGGCUUGAAGAUUUGAGAUUUUAUGCAAAGUUUUUAAUGGUUUAGUUGAUCUUGAAUUGGUUGAAAAUGGUAAAAGUUUUCAGCUUGAACAUGGCCGAAAGAUUUCCAAUCAAUAUGAUCACACCUACAAUGCAAGAUUGGAUGUGUAAGGUUAAAGUGGUAGACAAAUGCCGACCAAGGGACAACAGGAAUAGGAAUGGAAACAGAAAGUAUCAGCUAUUGAUACUUCAAGAUGAAGAGGUUCAGGCGAUUAUGUUCGGUACUGAUAUAACACAUUUUGAAGAUGUACUUGCACUUUUCAACACAUAUUUGGUGUCUAUUGCGCAAGUAAAGAAACCAACUUCUGAAUAUAAGAGUGCACUUAAUGAUUACAUUUGGACAAUUGAUAGAAGCACAAUAGUUGAGCUCAUUGAAAAGGUUACUCCUCCGGAAGAUCCGUUACUGCAGCCAACGCGGUUAACUCUUACCACAUUUGACACCUUUGAGUAUCAACCCAAAGAAUAUGAGUUUGAUGUACUUGCCAUUGUCAUCAACGACAACCAUCCUACAAAGACAGCAAGCGGAAAAAGAGUUCAGGAGUUCAUUAUCAUGGAUGAGCAAAAGAAGCCAACAAAAUUGGCACUUUGGGAUAGUUUCAUUGAUCAUGAUGAGCCUAAACUUUUAAAUCAACUUCACACGUACCCGGUCAUUCUUGCGAAGAGUUUCAAAAGCAACCAUAGGAUCAACAAAUAGAUUCAAUGGUUUGUCAAACAGGUUCAAUUCAACAAUUGAGAUCAAUCCUCCAUAUCCACAAGCGGCCGCAUUGAAGACAUGCGUCAAAACAAUUGAAUCAGAGCUUGUCGCUUAUAAGAUGAAGAGUACUACUGCAUUAGGCUCUAUUCUGUUGGUUUCCUUUGAGGAUGAAAUUAUACCUGUCGCUAAUAUCCAAGGACAACUUCCGG